AUGAGGAUCCUCUACGUUCUCUUUGCUGUUGUCCUCCUGCUCUUCCAGGCUUCUUCAGGCUCUGCAGAUCCCCUUUUUCCUGACACCACAGAGUGCAGGAACCAGGGAAAUUUCUGCCGUGCUGGCUCAUGCCCACCCACCUUCACUGUCUCAGGGUCAUGCCAUGGGGGGCUGCUGAGAUGCUGCUCAAGGUAA